CAUUUCCGGUCAGCGUCGCCAUCUGCUUUCUCGUCCUUCUCCAAUCUCCGUGUUGUUGUUCCCGGUGACGCGGCGGAGGUGUAGCCUGACGCGGGCUCUUACGUGUCGGCCUGAAUAAAAGUGGAGCUCCGGAGACCCGGGAGUGACGAAAGGCUGUCUCUAUCGCUUUGCCAAUGAAGAUGGAGCCAGCAGCCGAGGCUCAGCAGGCGGCGGACACUGCUGUGACUGAGACGGAGAACCAGCAGAUCACCCCGGCCCAGAUCGCCACCUUAGCACAGGUGUCCAUGACAACAGGACACGCCUCGGCAACAGGACCCACUGUAACGCUGGUCCAGCUUCCCAAUGGUCAGACGGUUCAGGUCCAUGGAGUCAUUCAGGCUGCACAGCCGUCUGUUAUCCAGUCCCCACAGGUCCAGGCUGUGCAGAUCUCCACUAUAGCAGAAAGUGAGGAUUCGCAGGAAUCAGUCGACAGUGUGACGGACUCCCAGAAGCGCAGAGAGAUUCUGUCACGGCGUCCGUCAUACAGGAAAAUCCUGAACGACCUUUCAUCCGACGCACCAGCGGUUCCUCGGAUCGAGGAGGAAAAGGCUGAGGACGACUCAUCUGCCGCUGCAGCUACACCUGCCAUCACCACCGUUACCGUGCCGACCCCCAUCUACCAGACCAGCAGCGGACAGUACAUUGCGAUCACGCAGGGCGGAGCCAUUCAGCUGGCCAAUAAUGGCACAGAUGGAGUUCAAGGCCUUCAGACUCUGACCAUGACCAACGCCGCUGCAGCAGCCGCUCAGCCUGGUACCACCAUUCUGCAGUAUGCACAGACCAGCGACGGCCAGCAGAUACUGGUUCCCAGUAACCAGGUUGUGGUCCAAGCCACCUCAGGUGAUGUCCAAGCUUAUCAAAUCCGAGCAGCCCCUGCCAGCACCAUCACCCCUGGUGUCGUCAUGGCCUCCUCCCCUGCACUCCCAACACAGGGAGCCACAGAAGAAGUCACUAGAAAAAGGGAGGUCCGCCUCAUGAAGAACAGAGAGGCAGCCCGGGAAUGCCGCAGAAAGAAGAAGGAGUAUGUUAAAUGUCUGGAGAACAGAGUCGCUGUCCUGGAGAACCAAAACAAGACAUUAAUCGAAGAACUGAAAGCACUUAAAGAUCUUUACUGUCAUAAAUCCGAGUAGCUUGUCUCCUGAACACAGAGCUGGGCUAAGUAGUUUCCAGUUUCUUUCAAAUGCUUUGACUGUUUUAUUCUGCCAGCCUGGCCUUCCAAUCUGCUCACGGCUGGCCUCUUGGUUUCCUCUUAAUUUUUUAUUUAUUGGUUUCUUUUUUUUAAGCUAUACCCAUUUAACCUUCAACAGUACCACACAUUUUAACAUAAGUAACGUACUGUCAUAAGAAUAAAUAGGGAAAACAUGAGAAAAGUGCCGUCUUAAAGCUGGUACUAUAAACAGAUCCUGUUACAAUUAUUUAGUUUGGUGCUGGAUGCUGUAGAAAGCAGCAAGUCAGCAUAUCCUGCUUUAGUUGGUAAAUUAUGCAUUUCUGUUGUUUGUUUUGUGGAAAAGGUGCCUGAGUCAGAUGAUGCUGUGGAGAUCUAACCUUUUAGAUUUGUUUUCAAAUUGCAGACUCCUGUUUGAUUUUCUGUACUAGCAUAGCUAGGUCAAAGACAAAGGUCAGUUUCUGAGACAUACCGAAGAUGUUAAUGGCUGUUUCUCAGCUUUUAAACAUCGUUCCGCCUCAUUGAACUCUAGGAUAGUUUCACUUUAAUUGUGCAAGCAAUAAUGUCUUCAAGGUACAUCUGUUUACCCUGUGUUAUGAUUUACAACACUGUUGUAAUUGCCUACAAAAAAAGGCCAGACAAUGACAAGCCUCCUAAGACAUAUUGCCUUUUUAGUUAAAUAUCAAUGUUUUAUAUCAUAUCGAUAUACUAAAUGGUCCUAUUAUUAAAUAUGUCUAUAGUUAGAAUCUUAGUAAGCUGGACUUGGUGUGUCAGAGUCAGACUGAAAAAUACUGUAAAUCUAACCUUGAUGUGCAACUAAUGGAAAAGUAGUGAAACUCGCUCCCAAAAAUAUCACUCAAAAAAAGGAGAGUUGUGACAUAAACAAAGCACUUAUUUGAUUUGUUGUUUGUUGUAUAUUUAUUAACCUCUACACUAAGAAUAACUAAAGAUGAGAUUUUUUUUUUCAUUUGCAGAACUGAUCUAAGUCAUUUAAAAAUAGGCAUUUGGCAAUACUUCAACAUAAUCCUAAACUCGGGAAAAAAAUUCCAUCUGCUUUCAAUAAAAUAAAACUACAUUUCAUAAGCGUGACUUAAGGAACAUUGAUUGUGUAGCAUUAAUUUGAUUUAAUAAAGGCAAUCAGGAUCUUAACUAAUGAAUUUUCUUUUUUUUAUUAUUAUAUUUCUGCCAGCUGGAAUGCCUGCACAGCCUCAAUAUGCUCUCCCAACCAGUCAGUUAGGUUUGGAAAGCUAGUAUAAUGUUCUAAUAGUAAAGCUUGCAUAGCUUUAUCAUUUUUUAAUACAGAAUCUUCAACAAACUCCCCUCCUGCACCUUCUGUAGAUGUUUUCCUGCAGGGCAGUUUGCUAAUGAGGCUGCAGAUGAAACCUAUUGGUUCUGAUAGUAAAUUAUCUGGUUCAAUUUCACCAAUGCGCUGUACGUCAGCUGCGCUCUGUGCACCUGUUCUAGGACGCCUAUGGGUAUCCGAGCAUGUCGCAGAGCAGCAUUGCGUUUUUCAGACAUUAGUGUUACACGGCAUGCUGGGAUUGCAGCUUAAAAAAAUCUCAAACAGUAAAGAUAACAAAGGCGUCCCUGAAUAAUUGUGUUAGCUUUUUUUUCCCCAUCAUCAUAACAUAUGUCAAAGCUCAUAUAAUGAGGUAAUAAUUUGGAAAAAAAAAUGUAAGCAGUGUUUUUGCAAGAGACCAAAACAAUCUUUAUAAAAUCGUAUAGCAAUAGUCCAGUUGGAUUGCAUCUUUCUUUUACUUGCACAGCAGUUAUUUUGUUUUUUGAAGGCGUUUUAAGUUUCUGCAUUGAAAUGGAUGUUUCUUCUUAUCGACAUUUAUGUCACUUGUUACAUCCCCCGUAUACAACAGCUUGUGUAGAAUAAAACAUUUUAUUGCAAAAGAGCACAGCCUAAAAAUAAAAAAGGGGGUCAAAGUUAAUAUAACUUUGUAUAAAAUGAUGCUCAAUGAAUUCCUUUUCAUUUCAUUUGGUAUUCUUUGAAAUAUUUCACUUUUGUUUAUAUGAACCAUUUAAAUGUAUGAAAUUGUGUUUUAUUUUCUAGCAAAUCUGUUCUAAAGCAAAACAUUUUGCUACAAUUUCUUGAAAAUAACACAAGUUGUAUAUUCACUCCUGUUGGAAUGAGAUCACUUGUAUGUGUGCGUGUGCAUUGAGAAGAAAUGUGUAUGUGGCUGUCUAUAUUUUAUAUUACUGUACAUAGACUACAGCAUGUGUAGACCAUAUAUUUCAGUUUGACAAAUGUUUUUAUGACUUGUAUUGAAGAAAAAAAGACUUUGCAUAUUUGUAAUAUACAUCAGUGUAUAAUUCUAAGCAAUGUUUUGUGUGUGUGUGUGUGUGCAUUGUUGUGUCCCUCCUGGCCAACCAGCAUUAUGGCAGCUAGUGAAUGAGGAAGGGCCUGUGUUGGAGGGGUUUAUUUUUGGAAUGUUUCAAUCUGUUUUGGAUCAGCAGUGUGUUAAGAGAAAGAGUUCAUUCGCUUGAAAGACGUCGGGCCACUAAAGAAGUGAAUUUGAUCUUUUUUUUUCUUCUGUUCAUCUGUGAAUGUGACUGUUUUGAUUAUUAUAUGUAUAUUUUCUAAUAUUUGAAAUGUAAACUGCUCCAACACCAAAUCCUUUUAUAUAAUACAAUGGUGUCAAAUGAAAGCACAAUGGGGUUUUUUCUCUGCAUUGAA